UAUAGAUUCGUAGCAGUCCAAUAAAAUUGUUGAGCAUUCUUCGUUUUUCUCAUAGUGGCACUAGUGGAACACAAAAGGCAUUGCCAACACACUGAUUACAUUCACAAAGUCUUUAUUGUAAUAUCAACUUCAGAACCUCUAUCGACUAGUAUACCUCAAAUAUGAAUCUGGGUAUAGUAUAUCACAGUGCGUGAUGAACGACCGCAUAAUAGAUGAUUAUUGACUUUAGAAGUAGUAUAUAUUUGAUUUUUUGUAUUUACUUUAAAAUAAUUGCAAAUAUCAUUAGAAUUAAAAGGAUUAAUUUAAUAUUUAUAUAAACAUGACUACUUCCAAAGAAUUAAGUUUAGCUAGAAAAAAUCUUGCAGCUUCAUUGGGUGAUAAUGCAAAAAUAUAUUUUGAGAAAAUGAAACUCUGGUUUCAAAUGAAGACAACAAAAGAGGAAUUCGAUUGCGAGGCACGUAACAUCAUGACAGAAGAUCAAGUUCAUUUGCAUAAUGAAUUUUUACUUUGUUUAUUCAACAAAGUCAGAGGGUUGGCUGUAGCUAUACCAAAUCGUAAAACAGACAAAGAUAAGAUUGUUAAAGAAAAAAGGCUUAGGUUAAAACGUAAAUAUAAAACUGAUAAAUCAAACUUCGAGCCAGCAGAUAUUUAUGCAGAAGUACUGAAUCAAACAUCAUCACCAGUUGGGGAUGAACCUAUAGGAGCAAAUAGAUCUAGUGCUCAAGAACUUGUGCUACCAGAUCGGACAUUUGUAUUAGCUAGACUCAUGCUUGCUGCAUGGGAAAAUAACAUGGAUGGUGCAGAAGAAAAUACUGCUCAUAUUGUUAUUGCUGCUACUCAGAUUUUUAUGAAAAAUAUACUUACUGCAAUUCUAACAAACAGAAAAGAAUUCAGUAUAAAAGAAGGAUCAUUUAUUCAUGGUAUAGGAAAUCCUGUACCUAGUUCAUGGAAACGAAAUACAGCUUAUGUAAUCCGGUCAUGCGAUUACAGUCCUACAGAAAUAAUAGAUCCUUAUGGACAAGUUCCAUCUACAAGGCAAAAUUUUGAAGAAGCUGAACAAGCAACUGCUUUUUCAUUUGCAUGCUCCUUGCAAACUACAUCUGCGUCUUUGAAACCAGUUAGUAUAGCUGAUUUACAACGCACACUAAAGAUCCAUAAAAAUCUCAUCAGUAACCAUACAAUCUAUGCUACAAAUAUGGAACGUUUGCACACUUAUGCAACACACCCAACAUGGGAAGAUUUAGAAGCUAGGAAUUUAUUAAGACAAAAAUGUAGAAUUUAAAAUAAUAAACAAUAUUUUAUUAUACAUAGUUAAAGCCUGUAUAUAAUUUAUCACAAUCUUUUAAAAAAG